GCCGCUUUAUUAAAAAUAAUAAUUUCAGCUGCGAUCACGUCCAUCUCGAUGCCCUGACCCACCACCAAAAAUGUGCAUCAGUAUAGUCUGCCAUCACCUAAAGUGUAGAUUGGCCAUGGCCUGGGGCAGUUUUCACCACGAGGCUCCACCUACUACGAGUAGAUACUGGACCCAUCGGGCACUUCAAGGUGUCAUCAUCAUCAUUUCUACCAAAUAAGAUCGGAACUUGUGGAGCUGUGUCACAAAUGUUUCAUGUGUUGUGGCGAAUCAUCGGAGCAAAGUUUGGUGCCAUGCCACGCCCACAUCAUAUGGCGUAGGCAAAAUUUGUUCCCAACUUAUCAUCACCCCAAUGUGUUGUAUCUGUAAUUUUAACCGCAACUCUUUUGGUCAAAGUCCCUAGGAGGAGUUUGUAAAGGUACGACCAUUUUUUUUCCUAAGAAAAUGACCAACAGCCUUCCGAAGUUUGACGACAUGCCACGGCCACAUUUUAUAGCGUAGGCAACAUUUGUUCACAAUUUAUUAUCGAAUAAUGUGUAGUAUUUGUAAUUUUAACCACAACUCAUUAGGUCAAAGUCCCUAGGAGAAUUUCGUAGAGGUACGAACACUUUUUUCCCCAGAAAAUUGCCAACAACCAUCCAAAGUUUGGUGCCAUGCCACGCCCACAUUUUAUAGCGUAGGCAAAAUGUGUUCCCAACUUAUCAUCACCCCAGUGUGUUGUAUCUGUAAUUUUAACCGCGACUCGUUUGGUCAAAGUCCCGAGGAAGAGUUCCUAAAGGUACGACCACUUUUUUUCCUAAGAAAAUGGCCAACGACCAUCCGAAGUUUGACGCCAUGCUACGCCCACAUUUUAUAGCGUAGGCAAAAUUUGUUCACAACUUAUUAUCGACUAAAUGUGUAGUAUUUGUAAUUUUAACCUCAACUCAUUAGGUCAAAGUCCCUAGGAGAGGUUCGUAGAGAUACAAACACUUUUUUCCCCAGAAAAUGGCCAACAACUAUCCAAAGUUUGGCGCCAUGCCACGCCCACAUUUUAUAGCGCAGGCAAAAUUUGUUCGCAAUUCAUCAUCGCCUAAAUGUGUUGUGUCUGUAAUUUUAACCACGAUUAAUUGGGUCAAAGUUCCUAGGAGGAGUUUGUUAUGGUACGAACCCUUUUUUUCCCUCCAAAAUGGCCAACAUUUAUUCAAAGUGUGGCACCAUGCCACGCCCAUAUUUUAUAGCGUAGGCAACAUUUGUUCUCAAUUUAACAUUCUUUAAAUGUGUAGUGUUUGUAAUUAUAACUGCGACUCGUUUGGUCAAAGUCCCUAGAACGGGGGUCGGCAACCCGCGGCUCUAGAGCCGCAUGCGGCUCUUUAGCGCCGCCCUAGUGGCUCUCUGGAGAUUUUUCAAAAAUGUAUGAAAAAUGGAAAAAGAUGAGGGGAAAAAAAUCUAUUUUUUUUUGUUUUAGAAUGUUUUCUGCAGGAGGACAAACAUGACACAAACCUCGCUAAUUGUUAUAAAUCACACUGUUUAUAUUAAACAUUCUUCACUGAUUCAAGUAUUUGGCGAGCGCCGUUUUGUCCUACUUAUUUUGGCGGUCCUUGAACUCACCGUAUAGUUUGUUUACAUGCAUAACUUUCUCCGACUUUCUAGGACGUGUUUUAUGCCACUUCUUUUUCUGUCUCAUUUUGUCCACCACACUUUUAACGUUGUGCAUGAGUGCACAAAGGCGCUACAUCUGUGUCACUACUUCGAGGAGCAUCGUAUGGAGUGGUGUGGGAAACGUGUCAUCGAGCUGGGAGCGGGGACUGGUGUGGUUGGAAUUGUGGCUGCUCGCCUAGGUGCAGACGUGACCCUCACAGACCUGCCAGCGACUGUGCCACAGCUGCAAGACAACAUCUGGGCCAACAUGCCGUCCAGCGGGUGGCCUUCCUCCCCGCCCGCCGCCCUCCCCCUGCGCUGGGGCCAGGACCACAGGAAGUUCCCCUCGGACUGGGACUUGGUGCUGGGCGCAGACAUCGUGUACCUUCCCGAGACGUACCCGCUGCUGAUGGACACCUUGGUGCACCUGUGCAAGAACAAGGCACAGCUUUAUCUGUCUUCCAAGAUGCGAAAGGAGCACGAGACGCCACGCUUCUUUGAGGAACUUCUCCCAGAGAGGUUCGACGUGCAGCUCGUGCACCGCGACCACAACCACAACAUCAACAUUUACAGAGCAGCUCUGAACAAGGAGUUCUAGUUGAAGGAGUCACUUCCUGGUUUUAAACUUCAGGAACCUUUUUGUAUCAAUUUUAACAUUCCAUUUUUAUCUUUUUACCAGGUGUCUUCACACCAACCAUGUGGAAAACUGCACAGUCACUAUCUUUUUGGAUUCCUAAACAGUGUGUAUAUUAGGGCUGCGAAUCUUGGGGUAUAAAUAAAUAAUAAAUGAUAAAUGGGUUAUACUUGUAUAGCGCUUUUCUACCUUCAAGGUACUCAAAGCGCUUUGACAGUAUUUCCACAUUUACCCAUUCACACACUGAUGGCGGGCGCUGCCAUGCAAGGCGCUAACCAGCAGCCAUCAGAGGCAAAGGGUGAAGUGUCUUGCCCAAGGACACAACGGACGUGACUAGGAAGGUAGAAGGUGGGAAUUGAACCCCAGUAACCAGCAACACUCUGAUUGCUGGCACAGCCACUCUACCAACUUCGCCACGCCGUAUCCCACGAUUCGAUUCAAUAUCGAUUCUUGGGGUCACUAUUCGAUUCAAAAUCGAUUUUUUUUUCAAUUCAACACGAUUCUCGAUUCAAAAGGAUUCUCUAUUCAUUCAAUACAUAGGAUUUCAGCAGGAUCUACCCCAGUCUGCUGACAUGCAAGCAGAGUAGUAGAUUUUUGUAAAAAGCUUUUAUAAUUGUAAAGGACAAUGUUUUAUCAACUGAUUGCAAUAAUGUACAUUUCUUUUAGCUAUUAAAUGAACCAAAAAUAUGACUUAUUUUAUCUUUGUGAAAAUAUUGGACACAGUGUUUUGUCAAGCUUAUGAGAUGCGAUGCAAGUGUAAGCCACUGUGACACUAUUGUUCUUUUUUAUUUUUUUUUUUAAAUAAAUGUCUAAUGAUAAUGUCAAUGAGGGAUUUUUAAUCACUGCUAUGUUGAAAUUGUAACUAAUAUUGAUACUGUUGUUGAUAAUAUUCAUUUUUGUUUCACUACUUUUGGUUUGUUCUGUGUCGUGUUUGUGUCUCCUCUCAAUUGCUCUGUUUAUUGCAGUUCU